AUGACAAGUUUGGGAUCAGCUGUUGAAACAGAAAAAUGCGGCACUAGUCUUAAAAGUAGAUGGGACUGUCUUUAUGGAGACGGUUCUACUUACAUUCAAGAUGUUGUAGCUGAGAUGCCUGAAGUUCAGGCUGAAGUCGGUACAUAUUGUAGGUGUGGAUGCGUUGUUCAUCUUGGCCAAGCAAAACCUUCACGACUGCUAGCAACCUCUUCACAAAGUUGUCCCGGAAGAAACUUUUGGCUGAUUCAGGCCGAUCCAGACUCCAUAAUUCAAUUUCGAGUGAUCCAGUUUCAUCUCUCCUGCCGCACACAAUCUUUAAAAAUUCGGGAUGGCAACGCAUUGUCAUCGAAUUUACUGGCUCAUUUAUCUAGUGCUUUCGACACCGAAUCUCUGGUGGUGAACUCAACUGGGGAUAAUUUACUGCUUGAAUUUUUCUCGGCUGAUAGCAUUAGCCUGGAGGAAAUUUGCGGCGGUGGAUUUAUAGCACAGGCAAAUCAAAUUGGUUCUUCAAGGUUUAACGUAUCAGUUGUACCUGUUGCCCAAAAUAUUGGCGUAAUUCCAGUUGUGAUUCUUAAAUUGACAGCAGUACAUAUCACGGCAAUAUUUUUUCUGAGUGGAUUGCUGUUAGCGACUGUAAUGUUGGGCGUGCAAUAUAUUUUUCGGUACAGGAAAUACCAAGUAGCUGAUGGUGAUGACCAAGAUUCCAUUUCUAAUCUAUCAGAUGUUGCGGUUCCUUUAGGCGCUAGGGUAUCGUCUAAUGCUACCCUGUUUUCCGAAGUAAUCUCUCUAAGCCGAUUAGGACCACAUUUAAAACUAAGAGGAAAACAUAUUAGAUUAAGAGAAUCUGCCGAUUGUGAAACACUUAAACUUGAAGAGAAAGUUACCCUAGCUUUAGCAUAG